AUGAAAAUAAUCUUAGCACUAAUUGCCAUCUUCAGAAUUGGGGUUGAUGGGUUUUAAGUAUCUUGUAGUACCUAUUUUCAAAAUAAUUGUUUGGCUUCAGGCUAUUGUGAUUGGAUGUCUAAUAGGUGUGAACCAAUUGAAUGUCAUAAAGUGACAGAACCAAGAGCAUGUUUAGGAAAACUAUCAGGGUACUUAUAUUAGUAGUAACGCUGUAAAAUAAGUCCAAAUCUGGAUCCCAAAUUCAAGAAUAUAUGCAUUGAGUAUCAAUAGGAUACUUUGAUGUGGGGAUACUUGGUCUACCCAUAAGACAAUACUCAAAAUUCUAAAUACGCCACAGCAAGUGGUUUUUAAAUAUCCAAAAUAUCCACAAGCAGAUAUCCAAUAUAGGUUAAAUCAGAAAUCUUAACAUUAAAUAUUUUGAAAGCCCAAAAUAGUGAUCUCUUAAACAUCAUGUAUGGAUAUCUAUAACAAACAUAUGAAUUAUGCAAUGAUGACGACAUACCUAUACAAUUCUUGGAGAAGGCCAUAUAUGAGAGCAUGCAAUAAAUAAGGGAUGAUACAACUAUCUCAUACACUUCAAGUACAUUUAAUAAGACACAAUUUUAUUCUGCUUUAUGGGGAAUGACUGAUGCCUUCUUUUAAAAACUAAGAAAAUAAAAAGUCAAUUAUUACAUUUCCUAUAAAUAUUUGAUAAAUUUUGGAUUUGCUAAUCUGAAUUAGGAGAAGAUAGUAUUGGAAACUCAAUUUUCAGUAUUUGAGAUCACUUGGAAUUACACAUAGCCUGGAUAUCUUGAGGUAUUGGUUAUGCCUGCAGAAUAAUUUGGAUUUUAUUCAAUACAUUCUGAUAUGAUAGUGAUUAGGGCAUCAGAUCUAAAUGGUUAUACAAUAAAAAAUCCAAGAACUUUAGCAUUUUAUCAUAGAAACCAAUAAUAAUUUUCAGGAAAGCAUCUCUAACGAGUAGACUUAAGGAAUAUGGGUUUAUCAAGCACUGGCGCAGUUUGUGUACCAUUAGUUGAGUGUAAAAUAUCAUUAAGUGGAUGUGGAAAAAACGCUUAUAUAUUCGGUGAUGUAACCAUAAAUAAUUGUGCUGGAAGAUCUUAGUCAGCAUGUAGACUUGGUGGGUGUAUUUGGAAUGAUUCUAUGGAUAGUUGUUCAUGAG